GUCACCAUCACCACAAUUUUCUCCUCUUCUCUUUUGUUUUUUGUUAUCUCUGUGCUGUGGCUACCGCUUCAAUGCAACACUCCAUUUUCUUGUCUCACUGCACACAUUCCUUCAACCCUUCUUCAUUCUUUUCUUCUUUCCACUCCUCCUUUCAAAUCUCGACAUGAUUUCUUGAUUAAAAUUUACUCUCUUUCUCGUAAAGGCGAACAAAUAUUUAACUUCUCCCUAAAUCCCCAGCAACAAGCCGAAAACCAAAACGUAAAAACAACAGAAGCACAAAAUCUCUGUUUUUUAGAUAAUGUUUUCGUCUCCUUAUUUCUACUCUUUCGCCUUGUUUCUUUCUCUUUCACUUCUUUUCUUCUUCUUAGCCCCUCAAAUUCUCCCCUUCAAACAUUCCCAGUCCAUCCCCACAAUCGCCGACGACCUUGACGAUCUCUCCCUCUUCCGCAACGCCAUCGCGGCGCAACAACAAACCACCUCUCGCUCCGCUAUCUCCUCCAAAAUCUCCCGCUUAUCCUUGUCAAAUCCCAAGCCUAAAAUCGCCUUCCUGUUCCUCACGAACUCCGAUCUCGUCUUCGCUCCCCUCUGGGCCGCCUUCUUCUCCGGUAACAAAAACAAAAACCUCUUUAACAUCUACGUCCACGCUGACCCCUCCGUCAAACUCAGCCACCCCCAUCGCCUCUUCAAUAACCACUUCAUUCCGGCCAAAAAAACCCAACGCGCAUCGCCGACAUUGAUCUCGGCCGCCCGGAGGCUCCUCGCCAACGCGCUCAUCGACGAUCCGUUGAAUCUCUACUUCGUGCUCUUGUCUCAAAGCUGCAUCCCUCUCCAUUCCUUUCAAUUCAUUUACCAUUCCCUCUUCGGAAAUUCUUUAAGUCUCUUCCGCGCUUUUGCCAGUCAAUCGAAGUAUAAAAGCUUCAUCGAAAUUCUGGACGACGAUCCGAACUUGCCGGAGCGUUACAUUGCCCGAGGCAAGAACGUGAUGUUGCCAGAAGUCCCGUACGAGCAGUUUCGGGUCGGAUCUCAGUUUUUUAUAUUAUCAAAACGCCACGCGUUACUUGUGAUAAAAGAUAAAAGACUGUGGCGCAAGUUUAAACUUCCGUGCUUGAAUUUGAAUUCUUGUUAUCCAGAGGAGCAUUACUUUCCGACAUUGUUGUCGAUGGAAGAUCCGGCGGGUUGCAGCGGUUACACGCUGACGAGAGUGAAUUGGACGGAGAGUGUGAGCGGGCAUCCGCAUACGUACCAGGCGGCGGAAGUGUCGCCGGAGCUUAUUGACACGUUGAGGCAGUCGAAUUCAAGUUAUUCGUAUUUUUUCGCGCGGAAAUUCUCGGCAGAGUGUUUGAAGCCGCUGAUGAAGAUCGCAAAUGACGUCAUCUUCAACGAUUGAUGGAUGAGUCAGGAAGAAGAAAGGGCUGAAGUAAGGUUUUGGUGUGAGAGUGUGGCGGGGCGUGAGUCCCCCAAAAACAGUAAUAAUUGUGAUUUUGGAAGCUUGUACAGUAUGUUGUGUUGUUGUAGACAGAAAUAAUAGUGUAGUAGUAAGUUUUUCACGUGAUUUUGUCGUUGUCAAAUUGUAAAAUGAAAGGUCGGUGGGGGCUUGGCGUGGAGUGAAAAAGCAAUGAUAGGUCAAAGGCCAUUUGCUUUUCGUUUUUUGUUUUGUCAUUAUUUCCUCUCGCAUUUGUUUACUCUAGCAAAGAUGUACCGACAAUAUUAUCUUUAAUUAAAUGUUAUUAUUCGGAA